UUUUGAGGUUAGGUACAAAUAUUGAUUGAUGAGUAUAGUUUGUGUUGAUAUUCAACACAUAAAAUAUUAUUUGACUAUUGCUUUGGCAAUUUCACUGCCUCUUGCAACAUAAAAACAUUUGUGAUUAACGUUGUAUACUAAUUAUUGAAAAUUAGAGAGUCGUUUAUUUCGGAUCAUCUGUUACGCAUUGUAUCUUUCAUCUAAUCUGAACCGGUUUGUCGAUGUAAAAGAUAUACAUAUAUAUUAUAACGCAAUGGCGUGUGUUUGUAGCGACCACGUGUUUGCGUGAUUCUGACAAUCAAACAUCAAUUUACUCGUGUUACGAUUACGAAAGUAUCUACUAAACAUACCCCGUCUCCCGAAAAAAGAGCGACUUUUCGUUGGUAACCUAGUCGGUCGUCCGAUGGCACUACCGGUCUUCCGUAAUUAAUGGAUGAACACGAUUACGCAAAUGUAAGGAAAGGCAAUCCUGAAGCAAGUAAUACUUUAUUGUACGUUAAUAGCAUUCCUUCUAAUAUGAUGUCAAGCUUAGGACAAUCUUCAUUGAACAAUGUAAUGUACAGUGAUAACAAUUCUGUUCUUAAAGAAGAGCUUAUUUUAAGUGAAGAAAUUAUCAUUGAAAGUAAUGAGUACAAUGCAUAUGUGAAUAAACAAAACAUUAAGAAUACAAAUUUAAGCAACGAAUUAGCUAGUCAUAACAUGACAAGGGGUAUGUUUUAUAUUGAUAAGCAAACUUCUUUGGCAGCUAUAGCUGCACAAUAUGACAGCUCAGGUUCUGAGAAUGAAGAUGAUCAAAAUGCAGAUUUAAUAAAUAACAAAGACUACAGAAAUAAGGAAAUAAUACUUUCAAGUGCUGAAUCUUCUGAUAGUGAAAGUGACUCGAGUAGUAGUGAUUCCAAUGAUAGCGAUGCUAAGUCUAGUGAAAAAAGUAAAAAGAAUGCAUCUGACAAUGAUGAAUCGGACGAUGCAACACAAUCCAAGAAUGUAAAGAAUAAACAGAAGAAAUUCACAAAACCAAAAAGUGAAUUUGAUGAUCUUCCACCAAUUGAGGACUUAACGAUCAGUGUACCUGAGGUUUUGUGUGAUCCAUUGGGAGAGAUUGCUUGGACUGUUGAGCAAAUGGUAGUUGUUCGUCCCAAGCCUGGUAAACCAACUUUAAAUUUAGAUACAGUCUUAUUUAUUGACAAAGGUCAAAGAGCUUUGGGACGUAUAUUUGAUGUGUUUGGUCAAGUUGCUGAGCCGCACUAUUGUGUGAGAUUCAAUAGUUCGGUACAGAUUCAAGAGAAGGAUAUUAAAGUAGGAAUGACAGUGUAUUAUUGCCCAAACACACAGUAUACAUCUUUAGUCUUUCUGAGUGAACUUACAAAAAUGAAAGCUGCAGAUGAUAUUGGAGAAGAUGAAGCUCCACAGUUUUCAGAUGAUGAAGAAGAACAGGCUUACUUAGCAAGUUUGAAAAAUAAACAGAGUGAAAGCACUAACAAAUCUAAAGAAGGAUCCUCAGAAACUCCAGUAAAACGCAAACGUGGCAAUAAUACCGGUUGGCAAUCAAAUCAUCCUUGGAACACUAACCGAGAACACCAGUCAUAUCCUCAUGCGCAAAAUCCACGGCCAUUCUAUCGAACGCAUCACCUGUGGUCUCGUUUACGAUAUCAACAACCAAAUCCUUGGCAUCAGUACAAUUCAUACCCAAGUAAUCAGUGGAUGCUACCACCACAACCAUCAUAUCAUCAUAUGCAGCCAUACAAUUAUCUUAAUCCAGCACAAAUGCCACCAGUAGAAAUGCAAAACGUUGGAUUCUCUCAAGUGCAGUGGAAUCCACAGUAUCAGUUACCACAAGUCAAUGCAGCAGAAUUUUCUGGUUUCCCGCCAACUCUGAUACCUCCUAUCAAUUUACCUCCACCGCCACCUCCACCACCACCAUCAGCUAAUAUGGAUACGUAG